AUGUCCACAUCCCUCGUCCGUCCACGUGGCUCGGCACCACCAGCCAAGAUCAAGGUUGCCAAUCCCGUCGUCGAACUCGACGGUGACGAGAUGACCCGUAUCAUCUGGCACAAGAUCCGUCAAGAUCUCAUCCUUCCCUUCCUCGACAUCGAUCUCAAGUACUACGAUCUCGGUAUGGAGCAUCGUGAUGCCACGGACGACAAGGUGACCGUUGAGGCUGCCGAGGCUAUCAAGAAGUACAAGGUUGGCGUCAAGUGUGCUACCAUCACCCCUGACGAGGCUCGUGUUAAGGAGUUCGGUCUUAAGAAGAUGUGGCUCUCUCCCAACGGUACCAUUCGAAAUAUUCUUGGCGGUACCGUCUUUCGUGCACCUAUCAUUCUCGAGGAUCUGCCUCGUCCCGUUCCAGGUUGGACCAAGCCGAUCGUUAUUGGUCGUCACGCUUUCGGUGAUCAGUACCGUUGCCAGAACUUUGCUGUUGACAAGGCUGGUAGCUUCAAGAUGACAUUCACUCCUAACGAUGGCUCUGCACCACAGGAGUGGGACGUGUUCGGCUUUCCUGACGGUGGAGGUGUUGGUCUUGCCAUGUACAACACUACCGAGUCCAUCAGCGGCUUUGCUCACGCUUCCUUCAAGAUGGCUCUGGAGAAGAAGAUGCCUCUUUACAUGUCGACCAAGAACACUAUCCUCAAAGCAUACGACGGCCGAUUCAAGGACAUCUUCCAAGACAUCUACGAGACAACAUACAAGAAGGACUUUGAGGCUCUCGGCCUUUGGUACGAGCACCGCUUGAUCGACGAUUUUGUCGCCCAGAUGAUCAAGUCUGACGGCGGUUUCGUGGUCGCAUUGAAGAACUACGAUGGUGACGUUCAGUCCGACAUUGUUGCUCAGGGCUACGGCUCUCUCGGUAUGAUGACCUCCGAGCUUAUUACCCCCGAUGGUGAGAUCAUCGAAUCCGAAGCAGCACACGGUACCGUCACUCGUCACUACCGUGAACACCAAAAGGGUAACGAGACUUCCACCAACUCGGUCGCUUCCAUCUACGCCUGGACUCGUGGACUUGCUUUCCGGGGUAAACUGGACAAGAACGACGAACUCAUCUAUUUCGCCAACGCACUCGAGGAGGCAUGUCUCGAUGCUAUCAAGAGCGGCAAAAUGACCAAGGAUCUUGCACUCAUUUACCACGGCAAACAGAUGAAGCGCGAGCACUACCUUACAACCAUGGAGUACAUCGAUCAAGUCGCAAACAUCUUGAAGGACAAGCUUGCUGCUCGUGGUAUUGAAGCUGGCAAGCUUUGA